AUGGUAGGAGAGAUGAGCAUCGAUCCAUGGGCGAAGAAAAGGUUUCAACUGUGGAGGAUUACAAAGGAGCCACCGACCAACACUCCAAUCGUACAAUAUGGGAAAGGUAACGACAACAAAAUAACGAUUAGAGUGGUUCAUGGCGGAAAUUUUAGCGAUUUUCCAAGUAAAUCCUAUGCAAAAACAUCAGUAGCCUAUAUUACUUGGGUCAACAUCGAAUUGCUAGACAUGGAUGAUUUUUUAAAAGUUUGGGUUAUGAGACUCUUGUUUACUGAUAUUAUGUGCCCACCGAAGAGCAUCAGGGUUUGA